AUGGCAACACAGCGUUUGCAGGGUGGCUCCCUGUCACCGCAUUCAGCCGCAUCUUCUCAAACCAAGAGAGCAAGGAGCAGAGCCUCAAACGACGGGGGCUCAAGCGCCGGGCCUGACAGCCAGCCGCCACUGAAGCGGAUGCAGGUGUCGAGGGCAUGCAGCCGUUGCAAGAGGAUGCAGAAGGGCUGCAGCGAGCAUCGGCCUUGCCAGCGGUGCAUCAGGGCAGGUUUAGCAGAUGAGUGCAGUGACAUGCCGCCGCUCUCGGAUACGGUAGUGGGGUCUCACACUUUGGCCCACCACCGCGGCCUGCCACCACCCGAGGUGAUCGAUCUCUGUGUCGGUCGUUUCUUUGCUCAGCUUUGCCCCACCAUCCCGAUCCUGACCGAGGACUACGUCCAGAGUUUGAGACUCAGGGCGGAGUCGCCGGAGUUGGGAUGGGAAUCCUACGGGACCAUCAUCGCACUUUGUGCCAUGGUUCUGCUCCAAGUCGAAGCCCCGGACCGAUUCUCAUUCGAGGGCAUUAUCCCGCAAAGCAACUCCGAAUACGGGCGGCUACUCUUCGAUGAAGCGACCGAGGUAUACCACCGUGUGCACCAGAACUCCAGCCCGUGCUUCGACCACGUCCUCCUCACCUUCUUCAUAUACGCCUGCCACGCCUCCCUAUUCCACCACAGCCGGGCCUUCAUCUUCCUUCGCGAGGCGACCACCCUCCUCCUCCUCUUCCGACCAGAGAACGAGGACGCCCGCGCCCGCGCCCUCUCCGAGCGCCUCUUCUGGGUCCUGCUCAUAUCCGAGCGGUCCCACGCGAUCCGCUACCGCCGCCCCGUGACCCUGCAGAUCACGCCCGACACGCCCGUCCCGCACCCGGACUCGUCCCUGGCCGGGUUCUGGAACCUCGCGGCGCUGUUCCGCCCCCUCGACACGGCCUUCAUCGCGCUUCUGAACCGCGAGACCCUUGCCCCGGCGCCCCUCUCGGCGACCGCCGCGUCGCUCAACCACAUCGAGGCGGCCGUCGGCGCGGCGUUCGACGACGCCGCCGAGGAGGGUCUGCGCGACACGCAAAAGGCCAACCUGCGCGUGACGCAGCUGUGGCUGCGCAUCGUGCUGUGGCAGCUGCGGCUGCGGCUGGGCCACCUGUCGUCGUCGUCGUCGGGGGCCACGGGGCCGCCCCGCCCGGCCAGCCUGACGUACCGCUACCCGCUCGAGGUGGCGCGCGAGGCGGCGCUGUCGACGCGGGACCUACCCCUGUCGUGCAUCCGCGUGCACGGCGUGGGGCUGACCGAGAAGCUGUUCGACAUCGCCUGCGCCGUCGCCGACGUGCUCGCGCGCGUGCCGCUGGAGCGGGAGGAUGGGACCCCUUACGUGGGCGGGCGGCCCGAGGAUGACCUCCGGUAUCUGCGGCGGAUGAUAGCGCUGCUGCCGGGUGGGGAUGCGGUCUACAAUGACUUGUUGCUCAAGCACAUCCAGCUAACUCUGCCGGGGAUGGAGAUAUAGGGCAAUGUUGUGAUGGUGAUUUACGAUUAUGGGAUUGCGAUACGAUUAAUGCUACCUGCGAGUACCGAUACGUCCUGCUACAGCCGAGUGCUUCAUUCCAGCUCCUUCUCCGUCGACACCCUCUUCGCAGCCCCAAGAGUGUGCGAAUAGGGGUCGACUUGUGUGGUCGCAAACUUCCUGGCCGACACCCCGCUCUCGAAGAGAAGAUCCAGUUCAGCGUAUGUGCGUCCUGUGGAGGGGCCAUGUUAGCAUCUGAAACCUUGGAUUUAGCGGGGGGUG